AUGGCCCCUACUAACUACAAUAUACAAAGCCGUAGUCAAACUGGUCUUCUCCGCCGUAACCACCUUGAUCCGGUGGCCGUGGUGAUGGUGCCGUUUCCGGCACAAGGCCAUCUCAACCAGCUCCUCCAGCUCAGCCGCCUCAUCUCCGCCUACAACAUCCCCGUCCACUACGUCGGCACCGCCGCCCACAACCUGCAAGCCAAGCUACGAGCCCACAGCAGGGAUCCACUUUCCGCUUCCAACAUCCAUUUCCACGAGCUCCCGACCCCAACUUUUCAAAACCCUCCUCCCGAUCCGAAUUCCAACAUCAAAUUCCCAUGCCAUCUUCAGCCUUUAUUCGACGCCGCCUCCGAGGAGCUCCGCGGCCCGGUCGCGGCCUUGGUCCGGUCACUUUCCGCCAUCAACCGAAGGGUGGUCAUCAUUAACGAUUCCCUAAUGGGAUCAGUGGUUCAAGACUUCACUCGCUUAACAAACGCCGAGGCCUAUACUUUUCAUAGUAUUUCGGCUUUUACGAGCUUCUUUUUCCGGUGGGAAUCUGCCGGAAAGCCCUUUCCGGUUGAUGAAGAGAUUCUGAAAAUAAUUCCAGCUUUGAACGGUUGUUUCACUCCUCAGUUCACAGAGUUUAUUAUAAACCAAUCGGAUUACGCUAAGAAUUCUUCAGGAAGAAUUUACAAUUCAUGCAAAGAGAUGGAAGGUCCUUUUAUUGAUUUGCUUUCCAAGCAAGAAAUCAGCGGAAAUACCAAGCAAUGGGCUCUUGGCCCUUUCAAUCCUGUUCGGGUCGAAAAAGGCAAACCCAAUCAAAGUCAUAAAUGUCUGGAAUGGCUCGAAAAACAAGGCAUGAACGAAGUAAUCUUCGUUUCUUUCGGUACCACAACUUCAUUCUCCGACGAACAGAUUUGCGAAAUCGCGAUUGGGUUAGAGAAAAGCGAGCAAAAAUUCAUAUGGGUUCUGAGGGACGCCGACAAAGGAGACGUAUUCGUUAAAGAUUCUGGAAGAAGAUCGAUUCAGCUUCCAGAUGGGUUUGAGGAGAGGAUGGAGAGGAAAGGAUUGGGCCUGGUGGUUAGGAACUGGGCUCCCCAGCUGGCGAUUCUGGAACACGCCGCCACCGGAGGUUUCAUGAGCCAUUGUGGUUGGAAUUCGUGCAUGGAAAGCUUGACGAUGGGGGUUCCGAUCGCGGCCUGGCCCAUGCAUUCCGACCAGCCGAGGAAUGCGGUGUUGGUUACUAAGGUGCUCAAAGUCGGUGUGGCCGUGAAAGAUUGGGCUUGUGGCGAUGGUGAUUAUAAUAAGCUGGUGACUUCUUCAAUGGUUGACAGAGCGGUGAGGAUGUUGAUGGCUGAGGAAAGGGGCCAUCUAAUGAGAAAAAGGGCGGCCAAGUUGGGGGCGGCUGUUCGGAGCUCGGUGGCUGAUGGUGGCGCCACCAAGAAAGAAUUUGAUGCUUUCAUAGCUCAUAUUACUAGGUAGAAUGUAAUGUUUUGAAUUAUUAUUAGUACUCAGGUUUUUAUUAUUAGAUAUUUUAAUUUGUAUUAGAUUUCACUUAUUAUGUUAGUUUAAUUGAAAUAGAAAUCUUAAAAAUAUUUCAUAAUAAUUAGCAGAACAAAAUAAAUGUGAAAAAUGUAAUUUUAAGGUUAUUUUUCCAAUCCAAAAAUAUAGUAUGC